CCAACUUCUACUUCGUAACAGUAAGUCAUUCAGCCAUAGUUCAAAUCCUGAAUUCUUAUCAACGUGUACCCUCCCGCUCAAGCUUAAAGUAAGGCAAGAUGACCGAAUCCGAAACCAUGAAUUGCCCAACCUGCCAGAUGAGCGUCGUCACGAGAGUUAAGACAGGAGCCACAGCUCAGACACACAUUAUUUUCAUCCUAUGCUGUAUUUUCCUUUGCUGGCCCUGUGCACCAUGUGUUUACUGCUGCGAUACAUGUUUAGUGAAAAAACAUUACUGCCCAAGAUGCAACACUUUCUUAGGUGUUGUCUCAUGAAAUUGCUUGACCCUUUAUUUAAGGAAGACAGCAGGGUUUUUGCUUCCCAACGUAAUAGACAAAACAAGCCCUUUUGGCUUUAAAUUAUGUACAGUGUCAUGAAAAGUCAAACUAUCAUGACGCAAGGCAAAAUUCUGUUUACAAUAUAAUUUUAUAAAAAAAA